AUGUCCGUGCCUGAACAAAAGCCUUGGCAUGCUUCUUACCCAAAGCCCGUUUCUACCGCCGUGUUUCUACCGCAGGAGACGGUUCUGGAAUGGAUGGAAUCUAGUGAGAAGGUCCCGGGACGAGAUUUCGUCCUGGUAGACCUGAGGCGUAUGGACCAUGAGGGAGGAACGAUCAGAGACUCCAUAAACCUACCAGCUCAAACCAUGUACCAUUCUAUUCCUGCAUUAUACAACCUUUUAACUGCAGCGGGGGUGCAAGCCAUUGUCUUUUACUGCGGAUCCUCCCAGGGACGCGGAUCCAGAGCUGCGGCUUGGAUGCAGGACUAUAUUAUGGGUCAGGGGAAUGACAAAUUGAAAAGUUAUGCGUUACAGGGCGGUAUAAAAGGAUGGGUCAAGACAGGUGGAAGGAUGUUGGGGUUGAUGAAUGGAUAUACCGCCGAUAUUUGGGAGAAGGAAGAAAAAACCAAACAGUAA